UCGUUGCCUACCUCACAGCUUCCUGCUUCCCUUUAUAAAGAGUAUCAUUCCUUCCAAUAGGGCACCAUACCUAAAGCUUGUUUAGCUAGGCAAUAGGCAUGGCUGCCCAGAAGCUUUCAGCAACCGUUCUAAUCUUCUCCCUUCUUUUUCUAGCAGCAUUUAGCAGUGCUUGCGGUCCUUGUGAGCCUAAGCCUAAACCAAAGCCUACUCCCAAGGCACCUCCAGCGAAUCCCUUCUGCCCGAGAGAUACCCUGAAGCUCGGUGCUUGCGCUGACGUACUUGGAUUGGUCAACGUCGUUGUUGGAACUCCACCAUACAGCAAGUGUUGUUCGGUGCUUGAAGGCCUGGCUGACUUGGAAGUUGCAGUUUGCCUUUGCACUGUCAUAAAGGCCAAUGUGCUUGGGAUCAACUUGACCGUGCCUGUUGCGCUUAGUGCGCUGGUCAGUGCCUGUGGCAGAACCAUUCCUCCAGGGUUUCAGUGCGGAUAGAUCAUAGAUGGUUCAGGUUCACACGUCUAAUUGCUUGCUGUGUUGGUUUGAUGAAUCAACAACUACUGUCGGCUUGCUUUUUUUGCUGUUUUUUUUCCUUAAUUUGGUUCAUUUCUGUUUGAUUUGAUGUAUAAGCUUGUCCUGAUAAACGGGCAAAUUUGCAUGUAUUGUGUAAUUUCCUCCGUUAUUGUUCAGCAGUUUCUGAAUUCUGAACUGAAGUUGGAAUGUCUUCAUUAAA